AUCAAUCUCAAACCUUUGAUUCCUUUCAAAAAAGCCAUCUACCUUCCUCACCCUUGCUAUACAUUGUACCUAGGAGAAAUCAAUGGGUGAAGUUGUGCAAUAUAAUGGGAAGAUUACAUGGUUUGUUGUGCUGUCUUCUAUUGUUGCAGCACUUGGAGGACUAAUCUUUGGUUAUGGUACUGGAGUAACAGGUGGAGUGGCCUCCAUGGAACCAUUUUUGAAGAAAUUCUUUCCGGAGAUUUACAGAAAGAUGAAUGAAGAAAUUAUGACUAGCAACUACUGCAAAUUCAAUAGCCAACUGCUGACAUUUUUCACCUCCUCAUUCUUGAUAUCUGGACUUGUUGCUACUUUCUUUGCCUCCCCAAUAACGAGGGCCUUGGGACGAAAAGCAUCGAUCCUUAUUGGUGGAACUGCAUUUGUCGCCGGUUCUGCGCUUGGUGGCGCAGCGAGCAACAUCUACAUGCUGAUAUUUAGUCGUCUUCUGCUUGGAAUAGGGUUUGGUUUUACCAACCAGUCAGUCCCUUUAUAUCUCUCGGAAAUGGCACCCCCACAACACAGAGGAGCUUUCAACUCUGGUUUCCAAGUAUGUUUGGGCAGUGGAAUUCUGAUAGCCUAUCUCCUUAACUACGGCAUAGAAAAAAUCAAAGGAGGGUGGGGAUGGCGAGUUUCACUUGCAUUGUCUGCGGUUCCUGCCUCAAUUAUGACCAUAUCGGCACCAUUCCUUCCAGAGACACCCAAUAGUCUUGUUCAGCAAGGCAAUUACGAAAAGGCCAAGAGAAUGCUGCAGAAAAUCCGAGGCACCAAUGAUGUCGAAGCAGAAUUCGACGAUCUAGUAGCAGCAAGCAAUGCUUCCAAAACCGUGGAACACCAUUUUAAUAAAAUUUUUCAAAGAAAAUAUAGGCCUCAACUAGUGAUGUCUAUAGCUAUUCCAUUCUUCCAACAAGUAACCGGUAUCAACGUUGUCGCAUUCUAUGCUCCAUUACUAUUUCGAACAAUUGGCUCUGGGGUAAGCGCGUCUCUUUUGUCUUCCGUGGUCACUGGAAUAGCCGGGAUGUGCACAACCGUCUUGUCGUUGUUGAUAGUCGACAAAGUAGGCAGAAGGGCUUUAUUCCAUGUAGGCGGAAUUCAAAUGUUCGUCCCACUAAUGAUCAUUGGAGGAAUAAUGGCAGCAAAAUUAGGCGAUCAAGGCCAAUUGAGCCAGGGAUACAGUAUUUCACUUCUAGUCUUGAUUUGCAUAUACCUUGCUGGUUUUGGACUGUCAUGGGGUCCAUUGGGAUGGCUAGUUACAAGUGAAAUUUUUCCACUAGAAAUAAGGUCAGCUGCACAAAGUAUAAACGUUGCCACAAGUUUUCUCUUUACCUUCAUCGUUGCUCAGACAUUCCUAGCAAUGCUAUGCUAUUUCAAGGCUAGAAUUUUCUUCUUUUUCGCGGUGUGGGUGGCGUUGAUGUCGGGUUUCGUCUACGUCUUGCUGCCGGAGACUAAGGAUGUGCCGAUUGAAAAAAUGGAGAAAAUCUGGAAGGAGCAUUGGUUCUGGAAGAGAUUUGUUGGCGAUGGUGAUGAAGAAUAUGAAGGGAAUAAGAUUUAAAAUUACAUUAUUGCAUGUAACUUUCUUAUCUCGUUAGUAAGAUUGAGGUUGCUUUAAUUUCUAGUAAAUUUCACAAUCUCUCAAUCAGUAAGAUUGAAUUAACGACUUUCAUUUGCUUUAUUUGAGUAAUUUGUGAUUACCCCCUCCUGUUGGGUCAGAAUUAUAAAUGUAUCUCUUUGAUUUUGUUUUCA